AUGGCCUUUCGGUAUGAAAAAUCUCUCAUUGGAUCUCGGAGCACACAAGAAAUAAGACUCAUUGCACUUCAACCAGGCGAGGGUGAAAGCCAGCUAGAGUGCACACUUCAAUAUGUUUCACUUGCAUCCGACCCAGAUUACGAGGCUAUCUCAUAUACAUGGGGUGGACAGAAGCCUUCAAAACCCAUCUUAUGCGAUGGUUUGGAGCUGAAUAUCACUCCCAACCUCCAUGAUGCGCUACGCCAAUUCAGAAGCCCUGAAGCCCUGGUGUUCUUAUGGGCUGAUGCAAUCUGUAUCAACCAAGAGGACCUUGAAGAGAAGAAUGAACAAGUGCCUCUCAUGGGCAUGAUCUACGGCAAGGCGAAAAAGGUCAAGAUCUGGCUAGGCCAUGAAGAGGAGACGACGCCGCAAGUACCCAAGCUCAUCGCAAAGCUGAAUUCACUCGCAAAUCAUUAUUCCCAGAAGUUAUCAGUCCCUCUGACUGAUCUUAUGAGCCUGGAGUCUUCGUCUUGGAGUGGCAUCAUGGAUGAACUUCGAGACAACAAGGACACCACAGAUUGGGACCCCCUGGUAUGCUUUUUCCAGAAUGCAUGGUUUCGUAGAGCGUGGAUAGUACAAGAAGUAUCCCUUGCGAAAGGGCGUGCCUGGCUUCACUGCGGCGAAACCAUCAUAUGGUGGCCAGAUGUCGCGCAAGCCAUUUUGUUUAUGCUGCAUUCAGGGAUAAAUGCGCUGGCGACACUUUCCCAGAGCAUUGACACAUUUCUAACAUGCUACCGGCUCGCAUCUCUGGCGCGGAUCACAGCUAUGCUUAUGAAUCCAUCCGAGGCUGAUGAUGGCGCAUUCGAUCUUCUAUGGAUUCUCUACUCCAACAUGGGCUCUCUCGCAACAAAUCCGCUCGACAAGAUCUAUGCGUUUCUUUCACUGGCUAAAAAGGAAAACCUCGUCAUUCCAGAUUACCAGAUAAGCGCAGCCAAGUGCUAUCAGCAAGUAUCCGAAAUAUGCAUGGAGGUAUACCCAACUGUCCCCAUUUUCGUGGCGGCUGGACUACGACCGCCUCACCCAAGCCAAACUCCAGAUUUGCCUUCAUGGGUAGUGGACUGGAACUACGAAGAGCCGGACAAUUUGGACAACGUCAUAUACUACCACGAGAUAUGCAAAUCAGGUGCCGAAGGAGAAUAUAAUGCAGGGCUCACGAAUCUCUAUUCUACGUCCUAUAAAGUGAACGAAAAUAUUCUGAGCCUCGAAGGUGUCCUUCUUGAUCAGGUUACUGAUUUUACCAUUCCGACGAUGGGUAUACGCGAGAGUUUUACCUACAGUCAUCUUUCAUUAGAGCAGAAAGGCGUGCUGGCAACUGCCCGCUGGCAUGAAGUAGCGAAAAUGUUUGGACAGAACUUGGAUGGCACGUACCACUUUACCGGCGAGAGUUUCUCAGACGCCUUGGGAUCGACACUUUAUCGAGGAGACGUACCAGAGGACUUUCGCCCAAACUUGCAUCGGGGCUUCAAAGACGUCUUCAAAAUCGCCCGACUUUAUGCGUUUAUCAAGAGCUCUCCCCUGGGCGGUACCAGAUUUGGACUCUCAGCUGCACUCAAAAUAGCCAGGAUACUCUAUAUGUUCAUGCUCGACUCUAAUGCGAUGACAUCGGUGUUUACCUCUACAUUUGGGAUGGCACAUAAGAACUUAUUCAAGACCAAAACCGGGUUGAUUGGUGUUGUAUGGUCAGCGCAAGUUCAGGCCGGUGACUAUAUUGCACUUAUAAAAGGAGGGACAGUCGCUCUGAUGCUUCGCCCAUGCGGUGAUGGUAGGUUUAAUCUUGUUGGAAAUACGUAUCUUCACGGUGCCAUGAAGGGGGAAAUGUUUGAAAUUGAUAAGUGUCGUGAGCUCUGUAUCGUAUGA